AUGAGUGUCUCGAAGAAAUGUAUUUUGACCCAUCCGCAUCAAGAGUCGAGGAGAGGAGAAUGUGAUUGUAAAGAUCAAAGACAGACUUAUUAUCUCGUCCUCUUACCUAUAAGAGAUCAAAGCUUGCACAUGACCGUCUUCUCCAAAUUCCAUCCCGACAGGCUUCCCUCUCCACCUACGGGCAUGGCGGUCGCACUUCUCAAAGAAGUGUAUAUCACGUGUGAGUAUGCCAUCAACGAACGUGAAUUUGUGUCGAAUCCCCCGAAUGACUUCGUCAUUCACAUCUACCCCGAUAUACACUUCCUUGAGAAGUGCGACCACCAUGCCUCCUAUGCUUUCUUCAAAUUGAAAAAUGGUGAGGAUAGGGAUUUCAUGGUGCAGGCCAAACAAGUUGGUUGUCCUUUUACGCGCACUUGGAAUACUAUUCUUGACCAGAUGGGAAAUAGUUUGUUGAACUAUGGUUUGAUAUUGGUGUUCCCAAUUGUGGCAUUAUCUUCGUGGCUUUCAAGAUGAAGAUGAGAAACAUCAUACCUUGUGUGACCUCCCAUUUUUUUUAAAAAAAAAUAUUAUGCACACCAAAUUGCCUUACAUUUUACCACGUCUGCUACUUUCUAUGCUUUUGUGUUUCAUAGUGCUUUAUGUCAAAACGUAGUCUGGGGGUUACAGAAACUAGGAGAAACGAAUGGCUUUUUUUAGUAAUAAUCCUAUUAAGUAAUUCCUGAGAAGAGAGAAAUAUAUUAGUACUAUCUUUUCCUAUACUAAAGUUAUAUACUUGGCAUGUGCAAUUAUUGGUGUUAUCUGCUGUAUAUCAUGUAUAUUGGUCCAUUUCCUUCAAAUCCGAAAGGGCAAUAAGUUACACACGUUUAACGUCAUCCUCAUUCUACAAUAUUAUUAUCGUUUAACGCAUUGUUGUGUGCAUGCAGAAGAGGCAACAACAAGCUGGCUGCUCUUGCUGGGUUUGAUACAUGUAAAACGAAUUACAUCCUUUAUUUGCCAUGUUUGUUCAAUCUGUAAAUUCUUGCAUAACAGUAAUGAUAUGUGAAACGAUAGUUACCUUAGGCACAUAGUGUUGUACUCGUACUCUGAUCAAAUAGCAGUAUUUAGUUGAGGUUUGGUUCUUGCUUGUAUCACUAUAUUUCCUCUUUCAACUUUCUUUUGUUGAGAAUCAUUAGACAUUUAAUAUCUACUGUGGUCUCUGAGUUGUGUGCCCCUCCACGGUUUGAUGAGUAAUGUUAGAAGUUUGUUCAGUACUCAUGUACUAAUGUUAAGUCUGUUACAGCCACUCUCAGUGUCUUGGGUGGUCUGUUAUUUGUUAAUAUUAUUCGCCAGAACUUGCGGUUCUUG